AUGGUGCCCAUCCACCAGGCGCUGCAUCAUAAAUGGAAGAAAUUCACCUCCUUCGUGGCCUCCAAAGGCUUCUCGGUUCUCCAGCCACCCUUCCAUCUUGCUCCUCUUGAACCACUGGCGACUACUCAGCUGAUGCUGAAGACUCUCUUCUUCUUCGUGGCCGUCACCUCUGCCAGGACAGCUGGAGAACGUCCUGCACUUCGUCACGAUUCUCCGUUCCUUCAGUUCUACAAAGACAAGUCGGCUGGGGUCGGAGGAGCUCCGGCUACGGUUGCGGAGUGUCUGGCGUGGCUCCGGAUUAAGAAUUUCAAUCCGGUUGGAAAAGUACGAGGUUCGGCCUUGACAAUGAAAUGGGGCCGCCUGCGGGCGCUGUUCCUUCUCUUGGGGGCCUGCGAGGGCUCCUCCUCGCAUUCCCUGAAGUAUUUCUACACAGGGGUGUCUGAACCCAACCAGGGGCUGCCCCAGUUCAUCGCUGUGGGGUACGUGGAUGGCCAGCUCUUUGUCCAGUACGACAGCAACACCCGGAAAACGGAACCUCGAGCGCCCUGGAUCGAGAAGGUGGAGGAGGAGGAUCCCUGGUAUCAGGAGCAGAGCACUGAGAUGUUUAAGAACUCGGAGCAGCUAUUCAGAGAGAACCUGGUGAUCUUAGGAAAUCGCUACAACCAGAGCGGAGGCUUUCACUCCCUGCAGGAGAUGCUUGGCUGUGAGCUGACGGAAGACGGAAGCAAAGGAGGACAUUGGCAGUUUGCGCAGGAGAUGCUUGGCUGUGAGCUGACGGAGGACGGGAGCCCAGGAGGGCAUUGGCAGUUCGCCUACGAUGGGAGGGACUACAUCGCCCUCGACAAGGAGACCCUCACCUGGACAGCAGCCUGUCCCAAGGCCCAGAUCACCAAAGAGAAGUGGGAGAAGGAUCCGACCCUUGCCCAGAGACGAAAGGACUACCUGGAGGAGAUUUGCAUCGAGUGGCUGCAGAGAUACCUGGACUAUGGGAAGGAGACGCUGCUGAGGAGAGAUCGUCCUGUGGGGAAGGUGACACGAGAGGAGGGCUACGAUGACAGGGAGCCCCUCGUCUGCCAGGCUUACGGCUUCUACCCCAAGGAGAUUGACGUCACUUGGAGGAAAGAGGGAGAGGUCCUGCAGGAAGGCACUUUCCACAGGAGCGUGGCCCCCUAUCUGGAUGGGACCUACCACGCCUGGCUCAGCAUCGAGAUUCUUGGUGGGGGUGGGGGGGCAGUAGGACAAAUUUCAUAG